CGGCGGCGGCGGCUGAGGAGGCAGCCCAACGCCCUCUCACCCGCCCGGCGGAGCGAGCCCUCCCUACCCGCGACGCGGCGGCGGCGGCGGGAUGUUCAAGAACACGUUCCAGAGCGGCUUCCUGUCCGUGCUCUACAGCAUCGGGAGCAAACCGCUGCAGAUCUGGGACAAGAAGGUGCGGAAUGGCCACAUCAAAAGAAUUACAGAUAAUGAUAUUCAGUCAUUGGUGUUGGAGAUUGAAGGGACCAAUGUCAGUACCACAUACAUCACAUGUCCUGCUGACCCAAAGAAGACGCUGGGGAUCAAAUUACCCUUUUUGGUGAUGAUAAUCAAGAACCUGAAGAAAUACUUCACCUUUGAAGUACAGGUGUUAGAUGAUAAAAAUGUGCGCCGACGGUUCCGUGCCAGCAAUUACCAGAGCACCACCCGCGUCAAGCCUUUCAUCUGCACCAUGCCUAUGCGCCUGGACGAUGGCUGGAACCAGAUCCAGUUCAACCUCUCUGACUUCACUCGACGAGCGUACGGUACCAACUACAUUGAAACCCUGCGAGUCCAGAUCCACGCAAACUGUCGCAUCCGCAGAAUUUAUUUCUCUGACAGACUCUACUCUGAGGAUGAGCUUCCUGCUGAGUUCAAGCUUUAUAUCCCAGUCCAGAACAAGGCCAAGCAAUGAUGUCACAUUGGUAAACACGCUGAGAGAGACACUGUGAAGAGAGAUGGAAGAGGUUUUUUUUUAAUUAAAAACAAAAUUUAAUGUUGAUUUACAUAGGGUAACUUUAUUUAAUAAAAGUUGGUAUCUAAAAUGCUGGGACACAGGACAACUAACCAUGUCAUUGUUUUGUGUGAGCGAGAUGAUGCACGAUCAAGCUUGCACUUUAAAAUCAACUCCAGAGCAAACUUGAGUUAUGGGGCUUGAUCCUGACUGCAUGCAGACAACUCUGUUGGAGCAGUUCUGAGAUCCUUGUGCCCCCCACCCCCCUCGGAUGCCAGUGGUUUUUCUUCUUUGCUGUUCAUAUCUUUUUUUCAUGUAUGCUCCAAAUAUGUGUGGGCUCCUCCCCUUCUGGAAGCUGCUAUUAAAUAUUUGAUUUUCUUUGUAA